UCUGUUCUCAUUCACUCAUCUUCUUCUUCUUCCUCUCUCUCUCUCUCUCUCUCUCUCAUGGGACCACACCUGAAAAUGAAACUGUAGCCCUAAAACCCUCGAUAAGUCCCACCUCCCCUCCCCACCAUGACCGACGGCGGAGGAGAAGAUGCCACCAUGAACUCCUCCGAUCAAACCGACGCUCAGAAGGCUCGAGCGCUAGAAGACCUCGUCCAAGCCCUGUACUCCUCGCUCUCGAGCCUCUCCGCCUCUUCGAGGACCAUCCCUUCGGAAAGAGACUUCCAUUUCUACCGCAACUUCGGCGACUUCAAAGUUCCGAUAGGAGAGAUUACUGAGAAAUCCGCUUCCCUGCUGCAGGCGAUCGGUUCGUCGGCGGUCGCCUUGGGCAAAGACGUCGCCUUUCCCGAGGACCUUGAGGACGCGUACGAUUGGCUGGUCGGUGUGAACGACGAGGUCUUUGAGCAGUUUGAUGCCUCGGCGGACGAGUUUCGGAGGGUUAGGAAGGAGGAGGAGGAGAGUGGGAAGAGGAUAAUGGAGGUUGACGGAGGGUUUCAGCUGGUGUAUGGGAAGAAGAAGAACAAGGCGAUGCAGGGCUCGGUCAAUCGAACCGCGACUGACUCAGUUAACGGGAGAGGGGAAUCCAGUGUGAAGGUGGCGAGUUUGAAAGAGAAAGUGGGCGGACCGAAGCCGAAGGUGCCGUUCCAUAUCCCGACGAUAAUGAGGCCGCAGCAGGAGUUUUGUAUUUCGGUGAACAAUUUGAACCAGCCGUUUCAGCAUGUCUGGUUGCAGAAGAGCGAGGAUGAAAAGAGGUUUAUUCACCCAUUGGAGGAGCUCUCCGUGUUGGAUUUUAUUGACAAGCCUGUUUCCAGCAAAGAGUGUGCUAAACCGCUGACAAUGGAGAACACGCCAUUUAAGCUUGUAGAGGAAGUUAGAGACUUGAAAGAAAUGGCAGCUAAAUUGCGUGGUGUAGAUGAAUUUGCGGUUGACUUGGAACAUAAUCAGUAUCGAUCUUUCCAAGGCUUGACUUGCUUGAUGCAAAUUUCCACCAGAACUGAGGAUUUUGUAGUGGACACUCUUAAGCUUCGAGUUCAAAUUGGGCCAUAUUUGAGGGCGGUUUUCAAGGAUCCUACCAAGAGAAAGGUCCUGCAUGGAGCAGAUCGAGAUAUAACAUGGCUUCAACGGGACUUUGGAAUAUAUGUAUGCAACAUGUUUGAUACUGGACAGGCUUCAAGGGUUCUGAAAUUGGAAAGAAAUAGUUUGGAGUAUCUGCUGCAUCACUAUUGCGGAGUUACUGCUAAUAAAGAAUACCAGAAUGCGGAUUGGAGACUACGACCUCUUCCGACCGAGAUGAUAAGAUAUGCAAGAGAAGACACACACUAUUUGUUGCACAUUUAUGAUGUCAUGAGGAAUGAAUUGCUCGCCUUGUCUGGUAAUUCGGAUGGUGCUUUAGUGGAGGUCUACAAGCGUAGUUAUGAUUUAUGCAUGCAGCUUUAUGAGAAAGAUCUUUGGACAGAUACUUCAUAUCUCAGUAUUUACGGGUUGCAAGGGGCUGGGUUCAAUGCUCAACAAGUUGCUGUUGUCGCAGGGCUCUAUGAAUGGCGAGAUCUCGUUGCUCGUGGUGAGGAUGAAAGUACUGGUUAUAUACUGCCAAAUAAAACUCUUCUUGAAAUUGCCAAGCAGAUGCCUGUGACCACUGGCAAGUUGCUGCGGUUGGUCAAAUCAAGGCACCCAUACGUUGAGCGUAAUCUUGCUUCGGUGGUCAGCAUUAUUAGGAAUGCAAUACAAAAUUCUGAUGCGUAUGAACCUAUGGUGGAACUACUAAAGGAGCGCCGUAUGGCACCAGAGACUAGUUUAUUGGCUAAUGAUGGGUCUCAAUCUGCCGCUUCUGAUACUCCAGAACAAAACGACGAGACAGUUGAAUGUACCGAGUGCAUCGGUACCAUAUAUCAUAGUGUUGGUGAUCAUGGAAACCAGGAAGUCAUUCCUGAGCAUACUGCCAAAGAUGAGAAGGUUCUGUUGAAUGUGGACCAGAGCAGAGACAGCACUGCUAAAGCACAGUUAUCGAGCUCUGCAAUUGUUGGUGCUGCUGCUUCUGUUCGGGUGUUGAAGAAGCCUGGUGGUGCUUUUGGAGCUCUUCUUGGAAAAUUGGGCCCAAAGAGGAAAUGUAACACUGAUGAAAAGGACAAGAAAGAGAUAAAGCUGGAGCAAAUCAGAUCUUCAGUGAACCUCCCGUUCCACUCUUUUUCAGGGAGCGAGGAGCAACCGGAAGCACUUGGAGAAGAGCCCGCCCGAGCAUCGGAAGCUCAGAAUAUUCUAGAUCUUGCUACCUCCAAGGCGGAAGAUAUCAUAAUGUUGGAAGAUAAUGACAACUCGGAGGAAUCACCACCAGACAAUUCUGACACCGAAAAGGAUCUGGAGGAGGCUGAUUCUAGGGAACCUGAGCUUAAAACCAAUAAAGAUGAUGAGGCGAUUUCUCUCACAGACCUGUCAUCGAGCUUCCAGAGGUGCUUGGAAUCCGUCAAGCAAAACAAGAAAGCUGGACGGAUGGAGAACUCUCAAGAGACAAGCGGCUUUUUGCAGGUGAAGCCAUUCGAUUAUGAAGCAGCAAGGAGAGAGGUCGGGUUUGGGGUGGAUAAGAAGGACGGGUCAGGCGGAGAUGAAGGUCAAAAGCGUCUGUUAAAUUCCAGGGGAAGAAAAAAUAGCUCACCUGUGGAUCAAUUCCAAAAGGACGACGGAAGCCGGCUCCCACAAGGUAGACGCCGCCAAGCUUUCCCAGCAACUGGGAAUCGGAGUUCGACUUUCCGAUGAGUUGUUGGUGCUGGCCGCAGAUUUGACCAAGUAGUGAGAAGUAAACUAGAUGUAAUGUACUAACUUGGAAAAGAAAGAAAAAGGGCAAAUGAUAACAAGAAGGAAACCGUUGGGAAUGAUUUAGUCCAAAUUAUUUCCCCUUCCAAACGAAGCAUUGGGGUUCUGAGUGCUUGAUUA